GGAAGCAAGGAAACCAACCUUGUCCUUGAGAGCGUGAUGGAAAGUGCUCUCUUGAAAUUGUGAAAUCAAAAUCCAAUGUUCUUGCUUCAGAAAGAGUCUACUCUUCCGUGUUAGGAGUAUAACGAAGAAUGUGAUGUAUUGGGUUGUUGACACUUGUCACAAUCCUAGAUUAGUUAGUUAGCUAUAUUGAUUAGAUUGAUGAGAUUGGGGUAUUGAGAUGUAAAACUGAAGUUGUAGGGCAGAGUGCUCAUUAUUCAGAAAUAGGAAUAACAAAAUACAGAUUGUUCUCUCUACCUCUCGUUUCUUUCUUUCUUCUAUCUUCUUCUUCAACUAUCUUAACAUGGUAUCAUCGCUGAAUAAGCUUCGUUGCAAGCUUUUUCGAUCCUUGGUUCUUUGCUUCCGCUACCUAUUUCUUUCUUCUAUGAUCUCUCUGUGAUUUCUUUCUGAUUUUCUGGGUUGUGAUUUUCUUGGUUCUGUGCGUUCUGCAUUCUGCAUUCUGCAAGUUCUUGCACACCAGGUGUUUGUUUUUUAUCCUCAAAGAAAGCUGAUCAACCAGGUGUUUGUUUUUUCAUCCGUUUCAACAUGGGUUUCAGUCAAGUUGAAUGGGCUAAUUACCAACAACAUGGUUCCGCUCAUUUCUUCUAUACUUCGAUUGAUUUCUUGUUCGACUUCUUGAUUCUUGAUCAAGAUUCUUUUUCUUUUCUCUGCUCUAUCUGCAAUGUGAUGUAUUGGGUUGUUCAUUUCUACAACAAAAGUUAUGGUUACAGCUGCAUAAUUGCAACUUUUGCAAUCCCCAAUUGUAUCGUUGAUUCCAUCUGUUUCUUCCUCUGUUUGUAUAUAAUUAGAUGACUCCAACUACUUGCAGUGGCAUUUUUUGAUGAAGAUGAUGCUACAAGGUCAUGGCAUUAUGGGAUUCAUUGAUGGAUCGAAUCCUUGUCCUCCUCAGUACACAGCAACCUCUACACAUUCUGUAAUCAUAUAUGAGUCAUUUGCCAGACCAGAAUUAGAUGAAUUUAAAGUGUGGAAAAUGCAUGAUCAUGCUUUGAUGUUGUUACUUACUGCAACACUUUCUUCAUCUGCGAUUUCUUAUGUGAUUGGAAGCAAGAGUUCUCAAGAGAUGUGGGUUCGUCUUCAAAACAAAAUUUUCUUACCAAUCACAAGAACUAGUAUCAUCACGUUAAAGACUGAUUUGUACAACAUUAAGAAAGGAUCUGAUUCAAUUUCCCAGUAUCUUCGAAGAAUUAUAGAAGCAAGGGAUGCACUUUCUAUUCUUGGUGUUACAUUUCCUAAUGAAGACAUUGUGAUCAUUGCCUUGAUUGGACACCCUGUAGACUACAACACAUUUAAAUGUGUAAUAAGAGGGCGUGAGAAUGUCAUUUCACUUGAGGAUUUUCAUGCACAAUUGCUCACUGAGGAAGCCAUUGUGGAUUGUGUUCCAAUGCCACCUUUUUUGUCUGCUGUUGUAUCUAAAUCUGAGAUAAAAGGAAAAACAAGUUUUGGAAUGUAUUGACAAGGCAAGUGCAGACUCUCAGUUGAUUUCAGUGGGUUUACAACCGUGUAUUCAAGUGACAUUUCCAAUUCUUAACUCUGACAACAAGGCGAAAAUUGGUGUUCUUACUCAAACUGUUGUACAUGAGUUCCGAGGAUUUUAUGUACUUCGGUUAUGUAAUGGUGGAAGUAUAUUUGAUAUUCAGUUAGGCUACCAUAUGAGAAUUUUUUAUAAGGGUGGGGACACCAAGUCUACGUUGAUUUGGGUACUAUGGUAUACACGAUAUAAUGGUGGUAAAAUACAAGCUCCAGAUGCUAGGAGGUUUUCUUAUUGCAAACUAUGUGUGCAGCAGUGACCAGAUACUCCACUCUCCAAUUGCAAGGAAUACUAUCCAAAAAGAGUUUAGAUUGCCAAAGCUCAUGGUUCAUGCUAAAAGCCUUUGUUUUUUUUUAAGUUUCUACUAGUGGCUGGAGUAACAACAACAGAUCUUCAUCAACGAGUUGUCUACACUCUGCAUUGAUGUUUUUUUGACAACCUGAAUGCUUCAACCUCAUGAUUGGGUGCCCCAAUCUUGAGUUUGAGGAGGGAUGUUAGGAGUCUAAUGAAGAAUGUGAUGUAUUGGGUUGUUGACACUUGUCACAAUCCUAGAUUAUUUAGUUAGCUAUAUUGAUUAGAUUGAUGAGAUUGGGGUAUUGAGAUAUAAAACUGAAGUUGUAAAGCAGAGUGCUCAUUAUUCAGAAAUAGGAAUAACAAAAUACAGAUUGUUC